GUUACACUGAUAUAACAAUGGGUUAGUUAUAAUAUAAAAAAGAUUUGCUGUUAUCUUUGCCACAAGCACUUUCAUUGCACUGAUGUGUCCCAGACUGGAGGAGGGGGCGUGUACUGUCACUGGUUGAGCUUCUGUUACGUACGCCGCUUGAUGCUGUGACCACCGGGCAGGAGCUUCAAGAUUUGCCCUGCAGACCUAUUGGCAGACUGUGGGCCGAAGAUCAAGCAGUCUUGAAGCGCAAAGAUGGCGGCUUCCUUGCUGAGGAUAGGGCGACUUGGCUCUCUCAAGUGCGUGCAGGCGGAGAGCUGGGGCUCUUUGAGGAGAGCUCCUACAGCUGUUGCCCUAUGCACGAACGCUGGUGGUCCCAAGAAGCCCAAGAAGAGCAGUUCAGAGAAAAAGUCCCAGGGCAAAACAUACUUCGAUAUAGAGAAGCUUGUCCCACACAGAACAUAUGUGGAAUUUCCCAAGAAAGACGCAACAGCAGCAGCUGCUGCCGCAGCAGAACUUGCUGCCACCCCCAAAUCUGUUGAAGCAGUUGCCGCAGAGCCAAUUGUCGCCGCUACUGCAGCUGAAGCUGUAGCAGCUCCUGCUGCAGUCGAAGCCACACCUGUUGUCGAAUCCGUUGCCCCCUCAGGUGAAGCAGUUGCUGAAGCCGCUGCCCCUACUCCAGCCGCUGCUCCGGCAGCAGAAGCUGCCCCCGUUGUUGAAGCCAUUGCAGUUGAAGUCAUUGCAGCUGAAGCCGCCCCCGUUGUUGCAGCUGAAGACGCUCCUGUUGUUGAAGCCAUUGCAGUUGAAGUCAUUGCAGCUGAAGCCGCCCCCGUUGUUGCAGCUGAAGCCGCCCCCGUUGUUGCAGCUGAAGCCGUUGCAGUUGAAGCCACCCCUGCCUUUGAAGCUGCUGCUCCUGCUGCAGCCGAAGCUGCCACACCCGCUGUUGAAGCUGCCACUGAAGACGCAUCCGCUGUCGAAGCCGUUGCAGCUGAAGCCCCAGCAGAGGUUGCCCCAGCAGAGGUUGCCCCAGCAGAGGUUGCCCCAGCAGAGGUUGCCCCAGCAGAGGUUGCCCCAGCAGAGGUUGCCCCUGCAGAGGUUGCCCCUGCAGAAGCCCAUGUUGAAGCCGUAGCAGAGGCUCCAGUAGAAGCUGACCCAGUUGAAGCUGCUGCAGAAGCCCAUGUUGAAGCCAUAGCAGAGGCUCCAGUAGAAGCUGACCCAGUUGAAGUUGCUGCAGAAGAUGUGGCUGAAGCUGCCCCCGUUGAAGCUGCAGCCGAAGCCCCAGCCGAAGCCCCUGUUGUAGCUGAGCUUGUGGCUGAAGCUGCUGCAGAGAUUGUAGCUGGAGCUGCCCCCGUUGACGCUGCCACUGAGGAGCUGGUAGACACCGCCCCUAUCGUGGCGGAGGCUGCAGGAGAGGAGCUGAUUGCAGAGGCCCCGGCUGAUGCAGUACCAAUUGAGGCUUCUGAGGCUCAACUGGACCCGAUCCAGAAGCUAUUCCUGCAUUCGAUCCGCGAGUAUUCCUCAAAGAGCGCGGCUAGUGGUGGUUUGGUAGAUGCAGGCCCUGCAUAUGAGAAGAACUUGGCAGAAGAGCUGACUAAACUCCAGAGGCUGUAUGGCGGUGGAGAUCUCACAGCUUUCCCAGAGUUCAAGUUCACAGAGCCCAAGUUGGAGGAAGUUGCCCCCAAGUAAACAUCACCAGUCAACGUUUCUGUUGUCUUUUCCUGUCAAUCUGUUCUUUGAAGUGGACAUCUAGUAAUAAGUUACGUAGGCUACUAUAUCAAAUCAAGGCUAAAAUAAUGUUCAUUAAUUUUGUUUGUGGGGUAUAGAGCUGUUUCCGUAUAUCUAGAAAUUCUCUUGCAAAUUAGUCUGUAUUAGAUGCACGUGUUGGAGGACAAGCUGAUGCUGCGCUUUGAUCUGUGAAAUAUGCUUUUGCAUAGGAUGAAGAUCCAGAAAUGUUUAAGUUGGAUAAGGGUAAAAAUAAACUCUGAUCCAUAUUGUUUUA